AUGGCGGCCAACAACUACUACCACUCUGACAUCCCUCAACCUCCCGCAUACGAUCGAGCCACUCCAUCACCCUACAACCACGAUCCCUCGGUCGCUCCUGCUUAUAGCUAUGCUCACCAUGAUGAUCCCACGGCUCCGCAAUAUUUCCAUGAAAGCACGCAGUCGUUCAUGUCGGAGAAUGCGAACUACCAGAAUACAGGCCGUGUACAGGCUGAAGAUGAAUACGCAGACAACAUCCCCUUAAGCACCAAAUCACAGUUCGGCAACCACCCUGGCUACAUGCAUCAGCCAACCGCUUACCCAGUGUACUCGGAACCCGCAGAGGAACUAGGUCGUGGCGGGAAGCGACGGAGGCUGGGGUUCUUCAAGAAGAAGCCUGCGUGGGUAACGUGGACCCUAACGCUGGUCCAGGUGAUUGUAUUCAUCGUCGAACUCGUGAAAGCUGGUCAAUUAACAGGUUCCCCAAUCCAAACAAAGCCAUCUUUCAAUCCUAUGAUCGGCCCCUCGUCUUCGAUCCAAAUAUUGCUGGGAGCUCGAUAUGACCCGUGCAUGAAAAAUAUUCCUCGGAUACAGAACGCCACUCAGACACUUCAUUUCCCGUGCCCCAACGUAACCAGUAAUGCGGAGGACUGUACGUUGAGGGAGGUUUGUGGAUUUGGCGGUGUCCCAGACAAUCACGCAAAUGGCUCCCUGGACGACCCGGCUCCGAACCAGUGGUGGCGCUUUAUUGUCCCUAUUUUCCUCCAUGCAGGAUUCAUACAUAUCGGCUUCAACCUAUUGGUCCAAAUGACCAUGGGAGCUGACAUGGAGCGCAUGGUUGGAAUAUGGCGGUACACAUUAACGUACUUCGCAAGUGGUAUCUUUGGCUUCGUGCUCGGUGGAAAUUACGCAGCGCAGAUGCAACCAAGUGAUGGCUGUUCCGGUGCCCUGUUCGGUAUCCUCGCCUUGUUCUUGCUUGAUUUGCUAUACGACUGGCAGAACCGCCCGUCCCCGUGGGUGGAGUUGAUUAUCAUGAUUCUGGGUGUGGGCGUUUCGUUCGUUCUUGACAACUUCGCCCACUUGGGUGGCUUUGCCAUGGGACUAGCCAUCGGUCUCACAAUCAUGCGAUCGCCUAAUGCCUUGCGCGAGCGCAUCGGUCUGGAACGUCAACCAUAUGUGGCCAUGUCGGGUGGCGCGGGUGAUCCUACCGUCGACAACCGCAAGACUACUUCAUUUGCAGACUUUUUCAAGAAGCCUAGCACCAUUUCGUCCGUUGACGACAACCGCUCAAAGGGUCCCUUGGACUUCUUCCGCGGUCGAAAGCCCCUAUGGUGGGCUUGGUGGAUAGUCCGUGCCGGUGCGCUUGUUGCCGUGUGCGUUGGCUUCAUUUUGCUUAUCAUUGAUUUUUACAAAUACCCCACUACGAACUGCUCAUGGUGCUACCGGCUGAGCUGUCUUCCUGUCAAUGGUUGGUGCGAGCAGGGCAAAUUACAGAUUAAGCAGAUCUCCUAG